UAAUAUUUACUUGGGAAGCCGGACUUUACACAGUUUGAAUAGCAACAUCAGACGCUAAGAUGAACCAGAAAGGGACUACAAUUAAAGAAGCAUUGGCCAAAUUCGAAGAAAAGACGGGCCAGAAAGCGAAUGAAGCCACCAAGGUUUCUCUGAUUUGUCAGAUACCAUCGAUAGAGAAAAUGGAUGCCUCUCUGUCAACUCUGACAAACUGCACACAAUUGUCUUUGUCUACAAACCAGAUCGAGAAAAUUGCAAAUCUGAAUGGACUCAAAAACCUGAAGAUCCUUUUCUUGGGUAGAAAUAACAUCAAGUCUCUCACAGGACUGGAAGCUGUAGGUGACACACUGGAGGAACUCUGGAUCUCCUACAACGUCAUCGAGAAGCUGAAAGGCAUCAAUGUUCUCAAGAAACUCAGGGUCUUGUAUAUGAUCCACAACAAGGUGGCAGAUCUAACAGAGUUCAACAAACUGACAGAGUUACAGAACCUGGAGAUGCUGACCUUCAUGGGGAAUCCUCUUGCAGACCGCCUUACAGACGAGGGAACGUACCAGACCACUGUACAGAAAACUCUCAGGCAGCUCAAACAACUUGAUGGUGAGACUGUCAUUCGACAUGAGGAGGAACAGUAAACAAGAUGUUUUUCAAGGCAUAUGAAAAAAUACAGUUAUUACUUAAUUUUGUUUCUAAAGUUAUUAAUGCUAUAUUGAUAAACUUAGCAAUCCAUUUAACCUGUGAAAUAGGAUCAAUAUUAGUAGUUUCUUUGUUCAUGCUAACAUAGUUUAGUUGUUGUUUUUUUAAUUUGUAUAUUAGAUUUUUUUCAAAAUCUGCAAUGUCUAGCUUUUCCACCUGCAAUAUUUCAAGUGGAGUUGAAAAUAGUGUUAAUAAUAUUGUUGUUCUGAAACUAACCUACAGUGUACUGUAACAACAGCAUUUACAUGUAUGUUUAUGAAUAAUUUAUGUUAAUAUUUGAUGUGUCUGCAUACAAAAUAAGUUUGUUUCAGUUCACAUAACAAAACAUAGGUCUGAGUAGUUAUACCCCCACAAACGAAGUUUAGGGGGGUAUAUAGGAGUGAGCUUAUCUGUUGGUCUGUCAGUCGGUCUGUCUGUCGGUCCGUAUUAAGUGUCCGCUCUCUAAUUCAAGUUGUUUUAAUCCAAUCUUUACCAAACUUGGUCAGAUGUUGUUUGCAGAUGAUGUCUAGGUCAAGUUCGAAUAUGGGUCAUGCCGGGUCAAAAACUAGGUCACGGGGUCACUUAGUGCGUUUUACACAUUGAGCAUGGUGUCCGCUCUCUAAUUCAAGUAGUUUUCAUGCGAUCUUCACCAAACUUGGUCAGAAGUUGUAUCUAGAUGAUGUCUAGGCCAAUUUUGAAUAUGGGUCAUGCCGGAUCAAAAACUAGGUCACGAGGUCACUUAGUGCGUUUUAAACAUUGAGCAUGGUGUCUGCUGUUUGUUUGUGAAGACAACAUGCAAAAUAUUUUGUGUCCAUCCGGCAUGUGGGGGUAUUCGUCACAUCUGUGACAAAGCUCUAGUUUGAGAUUUUUCUUUGUUUUAUUUGGCACACUUGAAACAUAGGUUUGUAUUUAAAAAGAGCACUUUUAUAAUUAAACCAAAAAUGUCUCCUCUUGCAUUUUGUGUUUUAUUCUAUGUUUUUUGACUGUAUUAUUUUCAUUUUUUUUAAAUCAAAAUGUCAUUAAUUUAUGAUGUCAUAUCAUAAUCAAGCCAUACUUUUAAGGCUUGCAAUUCCUUACAUUUUUUAGUGUUUCAUGUACAAGAUCUUGUACCGCAUGUCAAACAAUUGGCGUUUAUAAUGCUUGUCUUAUUUAGUGCAAUAUCUAAAGUUUAAUGUAAUCUCAGAAUUGAUGAAUAUUGCAUCAGAUUGUUAAUACUACUUUAAUUUAUAAAUCUAAAUUUACAAGGUAGGUAGAUUUUCCAUUUUGUUAGAAAUGGCAGCUGAUAAUUGUGCUUUUUGGGCUAAUGCUAUUCCUUGCAUUGUAGUUCCCUGAUGAUUCAUUAGUUACUUAAAUAAAAAUUGGAAGUAUAAAUAUGUGUUAAAAGGAUAACACAAGGAUUGCGGCCAUUCUGUGUGGAACAAAAAACAUGCAGACUUUAUUGAUUUUGCAUAAACAAACUUGAAAAAAUAUGUUGCAUGCACCAUAAUGGUCCAAGAGAAUGUAUCAAAAUGGAGGAAAUAACAUGUUUUAAUUAAGUAUGUUAUUUUCCCCUUAUAUGCAGUAGCAGACGGUUUCAAGUGUUCUCAAAUGCGCCAUCAGAAUCAUGGACCGCAUUGCGGUUGAUUGCUUGCCCCAUUUUACAUAAAACGCCCUGAUAUUACUAGUAUUUGCUUGUCAGGAAUAGUUCAUCAACUAUGUAUUUAUUUCUUUUUUUAUACUCAAAUCUUUUUCUUUUGAUGUACAUAUUUGUAGUUGAGCAGCAUUUUGUACUUAUGCAGUUAUUACCAUAGUUCAAAUAUACAUGUAUGUUUACUUGUAGCUUUGUAACAUCAGUUUUUUUUAAAUGAUGUGUAGAUGCAAUACUUUUAUAUUUUUAUAAACAAGCAAU